AUGGCUGUUCCUGCUCACGCUCAGGCUUCGCUGCCUGCGCUCCCUGCACAUCUCCAGGAUGACAGCCACCUGACGGCACACCUGGCCAGCAGAUUCCAUGUCUCGCUAUCCACGGCCCAGUUGUCAUCACACGCCAUCAUCGCCCUCAACACAUACACAUCGUCGGCAAAGGGUCCCGAUGGCUCANAAGAAGGUAGCGCCAUGGGCGCCGCCGAGGAUCUGGCUUCAAGGGCGUGGACUCGUCUCGGAGCUAGACAGGAGAACCAGGCCGUCGUCUUUCUGUAUGUGUCCUUCCGUGCCUGUGACACAAUGCCCACGUUCUGCUCUAACCUGUGCACAGCGNGUGAAACCGGCUCAGGCAAAACCACUCUCCGCUCGCACCUCCUGUCUGCCUUGUUGAACUACACAUCGACGCCACUGUCCAACAAGCUGUCCUACGCGGCCUUUGUCUUCGACACUCUGACCACCACAAAGUCCGUCACCACCCCUACCGCUUCGAAAGCUGGUCUCUUCUUCGAACUUCAAUACGACACAUCCUCCAGCCUCCAUCCAACCCUCGUCGGUGGUAAGCUGCUCGACCACCGUCUCGAACGCAGCAGAGUCGCCACUAUUCCCCCUGGCGAGCGCAACUUCCACGUCCUCUACUACCUCCUGGCUGGUACCAGCCCGCAAGAGAAGGAGCAUCUUGGUCUUGACCAGGCAGGUCCUGCCACUCACAGACAUUCGCUCGGUAAUGCCGGCGCAAAGAGAUGGAGAUACUUGGGACACCCCAGUCAGCUCAAAGUCGGUAUUAAUGACGCCGAAGGUUUCCAACACUUCAAGACUGCUCUACGCAAGCUUGAAUUUCCUCGUGACGAGAUCGCCCACAUGUGCGAGAUGCUUGCCUGUAUCUUGCACAUUGGUCAGCUUGAGUUCGUCACAACCCAGUCGACUACACCUUCAGCCGAUGACAGUGGUGGUUACUCGCACGAGGGAGGCGAGGACGUCACUUCGGUCAAAAACAGAGAAACUCUUCACAUCGUAGCAGCUUUCCUUGGUGUUUCCGAGAGACAUCUGGAAGAGAGUUUGGGAUACCGCACAAAGAAGCUUCACCGUGAGCGCGUUACCGUCAUGCUCGACCCCAAAGGUGCUCGAGACAACGCUGAUGAGCUUGCGCGCACCUUGUACUCGCUUUUCGUCGCCUACAUCAUCGAGCGUAUUAACCAGAAGAUUUGCUCGGCUGAGGAUGCCAUCGCCAACACCAUCUCGAUCGUUGACUUCCCAGGCUUCGCACAGUCUUCUUCCACAGGCUCCGUACUGGACCAGCUGUUGAACAACGCAGCAUCUGAGUCGCUUUACAAUUUCUGUCUGCAGAGCUUCUUUGAGCGCAAAGCUGAUCUUCUCGAGACUGAAGAGGUCAGUGUGCCUGCAACCAGCUACUUCGACAAUACCGAUGCCGUCAAGGGUCUGCUCAAAUCUGGCAACGGCCUUCUCAGCAUUUUGGACGAUCAGAUGCGUCGUGGUAAGACUGAUCAGCAAUUCCUCGAGAGUAUCAGGAGACGUUUCGAAGGCAAGAACCCUGCUAUCGAGGCUGGCGCUACUACUCAGACUCUUCCUGGAAACAACUUUGCUACCCGCAACGCCAAUGCUGCAUUUACUGUCAGACAUUACGCCGGUGAGGUCGAUUACCCUGUCGAGAACCUCCUUGAAGCCAAUGGCGAGGUCAUUUCUGGUGACCUUAUGAACUUGAUUAACACGACCUCUAACCAAUUCAUCAGCGACCUCUUUGGUCAGGNNGAAGCGCUGAGCAAGGUUGUCCAUCCCAAGGAUCGCUCUGCUGUCGUGCAAGCCUCGGUCGCCUCGAAGCCUUCAAGAAUGCCUAGCAUGGCUAAACGCACCGGCGAGCGUCCUGCAAGACUUGGUGCCAUGAGGCAAGACAGUGAUAAUGGCAACGGCAAGAGGAGUCUCUCUCGUGGANGGCAGGGCGAGCCUGAACAGCAACAAGGCGCUGCUGCUCAGUUUUUGUCUUCUCUGGACAACAUCACUAAGUCGUUGUCCGAUCCUCGCACCAACCCAUACUUUGUGUUCUGCUUGAAACCCAACGACCGCAGAAUUGCCAACCAAUUCGACAGCAAAUGCGUUCGCACUCAGAUGCAAACUCUCGGUAUCGCUGAGAUCAGUCAGCGUCUGCGCAACGCCGAUUUCAGUGUGUUCAUGCCUUUCAGUGAAUUCCUGGGCGUCGCUGAGGGCGAUGUCUCGGUCGUGGGCACCGAUAAGGAGAAGGCAGAGAUGAUCUUAGACGAAAAGAUCUGGCCUGGCAAUGAAGCAAGAGUCGGCAGCACGGGUGUUUUCCUCAGCGAACGUUGCUGGCGCCAGAUCGCACGAGUCAGUGAUCUCGAUGUAGCUCCUGUCGGCAUGCACGACCAGACUCCUUACGGGGAACAAGAGGGUAUGUUGUCUCCGGAUCAUGCUCGCAACGGUCGCAACGACUCAAGCCUCAACCUUCUCGGUGCUGGAGGUGUCACUCCUUCUCCUGGUGCCUUCUAUCACGAUGACAAGGUAGCAGGCUACUUCGGAAGCCGUGAUCUCGACGCCAAGUCGGAAGCUGGUGCUUCAGCCUUCCAUGGAGGUGACAUGUUCCAAAAUCUCGAGACUCGCUCGCAGCUCGCAGAAAAGGGAAACGAGGCCAAGGUAGCAGCAAUUGACGAGGUACCCGUUACAGGUGAACGAAAAAGAUGGUUGUUCCUUGUCUACCUCUUUACCUGGUGGAUUCCUGAUGUGUUCGUUCGCAUCAUUGGCCGCAUGCCUCGUCCCGACAUUCGUAUGGCUUGGAGAGAGAAGGUGGCCAUCAACUUCAUGAUUUGGCUUGCUUGUGCCAGUUUCUUGUUCCUCAUGAUUGGUUUCCCCGCACUCAUCUGUCCGACACAACAUGUUUAUUCGGCUGCUGAGUUGCAAUCGCACAAUGGUAAGGAUGGCCACUCUUCUUUCAUCGCAAUUCGCGGUGUCGUCUUCGACCUGGGCAACUUUGAGUCAAUUCAUUACCCUAACAUUAUCCCGACAUCCGCUCUGGAGAAGUAUGCCGGCACUGAUGCGACCAACCUCUUCCCGGUCCAAGUAUCUGCUCUUUGUCCCGGUACAGAUGAGAAUGGUAUCGAUCCUGCUGUCCAGCUCAACUACAGGAGCACCAACUACACUGGUCAAGCUUCGGCUGUCAGCGGUACUGAUUCUCAUGCCGUGUACCAUGACUUCCGCUGGGCCACCAACGACUCUCGUCCAGACUGGUUCGCGCAGCAGAUGAAGUUUUUGAACCAAAACUACAGAAAGGGCGCUCUUGGUUACACUUCUGGCUAUGUCAAGAAACAGGGCAAGAAGCAACAGUCCAUCGCCAUUCUCAACGGAAAGAUUUACGAUUUCACCGACUACAUCGUCGGUGGUCGUGCUCCCAAGUACCCCGCUGGAUACGACGUUCCUGACACUGUACCGAACUCAAAUUUCAUGGAUCAGCGCGUGGUCAAUCUUUGGCAGCAACAUGCUGGUCGAGAUGUGACUGACAAUUGGAACAACCUUGGAAUGACUCUUGACUUGAAGAAUCGCAUGCAGAUCUGUCUCGACAACCUUUUCUACGUGGCCGAUGUGGACACCAGAAACUCGACCAAGUGUCAGUUCGCCACUUAUCUCUUGCUCGGAAUCUCGAUGUUCCUGAUUGCGGUUAUCGGUGUGAAGUUCCUUGCUGCCCUUCAGUUUGGUGGCAAGAACGUUCCGGAGAACCUCGACAAAUUCAUCAUAUGUACUGUGCCAGCCUACACCGAAGACGAAGACUCUUUGCGUCGUGCCAUUGACUCAGCCGCCAGAAUGAAGUACGAUGACAAGCGCAAACUUCUGCUCAUUGUCUGUGACGGUAUGAUUAUUGGUCAAGGCAACGACCGUCCUACUCCUCGAAUUGUCCUCGAUAUUCUGGGUGUUCCCGAAACUGUCGACCCUGAGCCAUUGAGUUUCGAGAGUUUGGGCGAAGGUCAGAAGCAGCACAACAUGGGCAAGAUCUACUCUGGUCUUUACGAAGUCCAAGGUCAUAUCGUUCCCUUCAUGGUUAUUGUCAAGAUUGGCAGACCUGCUGAAGUCGGUAGACCUGGUAACCGUGGUAAGCGUGAUUCCCAGAUGGUUCUGAUGAGAUUCCUGAACAGAAUCCACUACAAUCUGCCGAUGGCCCCUAUGGAACUCGAGAUGUACCACCACAUCCGAAACAUUAUUGGUGUCAACCCAACGUUCUACGAAUUUUUGCUGCAGAUCGAUGCAGAUACUGUCGUUGCACCCGAUUCAGCCACACGAUUCGUCGCCUCAUUCCUCCACGAUACACGCCUUAUCGGUGUUUGUGGUGAGACGGCUCUUACUAACGCUAAGUCCUCGAUCGUUACUAUGAUGCAAGUCUACGAGUACUACAUCUCGCAUAACUUGAUCAAGGCCUUCGAAUCGCUCUUCGGCUCAGUCACUUGUUUGCCUGGUUGUUUCUCCAUGUACCGCAUUCGCGAUGCAGCAUCAGGCAAGCCUCUUUUCGUUUCCAAGGAGGUCGUCGAGAUGUACGCCGAGAUUCGUGUAGACACGCUCCACACCAAGAACUUGCUGCAUCUUGGAGAAGACAGAUACUUGACGACUCUUUUGAUGAAGUGGCAUCCCUCUUACAAGACCAAGUUUAUCAUGCGCGCUCACGCCUGGACCAUCGCGCCCGAUACCUGGACCGUCUUCAUGUCGCAACGUCGUCGUUGGAUCAACUCUACUGUACACAACCUUGUCGAGCUUACCUCAUUGUCUCAGCUUUGCGGUUUCUGCUGUUUCAGUAUGCGUUUCGUCGUCUUCCUUGACUUGCUCUCAACCAUCAUCCAGCCCGUGUUGGUAGGAUUCCUGGUGUACAUCUUCGUUCGCAUUGGACAAGAUCCUGGUGGUGUCUCGACACUUGCCAUUAUCAUGUUGGUGGCCGUUUAUGGUAUGCAAGCAUUGGUCUUCAUCAUUCGUCGCAAGUGGGAGAUGGUCGGUUGGAUGAUCAUCUACCUGAUCGCUACGCCAGUCUUCUCUAUGGCGCUUCCUCUCUACUCUUUCUGGCACAUGGACGAUUUCUCGUGGGGUAAUACUCGUGUCGUCACUGGAGAAAAGGGCAAGCAAGUUGUUGUUUCCGACGAGGGCAAGUUCGAUCCAGCCAGCAUUCCGAAGAAGAGAUGGGAAGAGUACCAGGCCGAGCUUUGGGAAGCGCAGACUUCGCGUGAUGACGACGCCCGUUCGGCAAUUUCCGGCGUUACCGGCGUGUCGUACGCGACCAAGUCAGCCUACCCCGGUAUGGGUGGCUCCGUCUAUGAUUACCCACCUUCGCGCCCCAUGUCAACAUUGGGUGUGCCUCAAGGUCCCUUCGGCAACCAGUCGCGAAUCAGUCUUGCACCAAGUGAGAUGGGUCUUAUGGCUGGUGGCUACAGCCCUAACUCGGUAGAGAUGACGGACAUGCCUCUUCCCAGCGACGAUGCUAUCCUCGCCGAGAUCCGCGAUAUUUUGGCCAAGACUGAUCUUAUGACUAUUACGAAGAAGAGUGUCAAGUCCGAACUGGAGAGACGUUUCGGUGUGCCGCUGGAUGCUAAGAGAGCAUACAUUGGCUCCGCCACAGAAGCCAUUCUUAGUGGACAGUUGUAA